UGCCCGGACGGGCUCGUGCGGGACUUCAGGCGCUUCCGCCUCGAGUCGGCACAAUGAAGAGGGAGCAAUAACCGGAAGAGCUGAGGGUGCAAUUUAUUAUAUUGAAAAUCAAUUACAAUGGGAGAUGCUGCAAAACCUUGCUUUGCCAAAAGAACAAAGGAGAGGGGAGUUUUAGAGGAAGAAGAAUUGAAGAGGAACCCUUUACAACAUGAUUACCACCCCAUGAAGGAUUACAGACAUGGCAAAAAAAUAGAUAUGGGCUUUCAGAAGAAAAAGGGAACACAAGGUCACUGUGGAAACACUCCCAGAAAAGGACCACAUAGUAUUCUGAGUAGUUCAAAUUCUUUUAAAAACAUGGGUCACAACCAAGGGGUUAGGAUAAAUGAUACCCAAAAAGACCAGAUUAAGAAGUGGAUAUCCGAUGACCAUCGUGGCAAUUCAGACAGCUCGAGAGAGUACAAAUCUACAAUUCGGAUUCCUGUGAUUAACAGGACAAGAAAAGACUCUUUUCAUGAGGUUGAAGGUGCAGGAAGCAGAAAUGUCAGAAGACAGCUUCAGAAAGACUUAAAUGAAGAAAUGUCAGACACACAGAAAGGAAACUUUGAAAUGAAGAAACAUAGGAAACCAAGGAGAUCAAGAAGGACAGAAAAAGAGGAGUAUGAUCAAGAUGACUAUGUGGAAGGCCUGGUUAUAGAUGAGUCAAUGCUGUCAGUGAAGGAACUACUAGGGUUGCAGCAGGCUGAAGAGCGAUUAAAGAGAGACUGCAUUUACAGACUAAAGAAGCGUCCUCGAAACUACCCAACAGCCAAAUAUACUUGCAAAUUGUGUGAUGCUUUGAUUGAGUCAGUGACAUUUGCUCAUAAGCACGUUAAAGAGAAGAAGCACAAAAAAAACAUAAAGGAAAAGCAAGAAGAAGAACUGCUGACUGCCCUGCCUCCACCAAUACCUUCCCAGAUACAAGCUAUUGGUGUUGCCAUUGAAAACGUAGUGCAAGAGAUUGGCUUAAAUAACGAGGAUUUGGAACAAAGACUCAAAAUUAAAACAGCGAUGGAAGAUUUAUUGCACCAACAAUUGCCAGAUUGCUCGCUAAGGCUGUAUGGCUCCUCCUGGAGCAGGUUUGGUUUCAAAACUUCUGACGUAAACAUUGAUGUCCAGUUUCCAGCCAAUAUGGCUCAGCCAGAUGUUCUCUUACUUGUACAAGAAAGUCUGAAGAACAGUGAAUCUUUUAUUGAUGUUGAUGCAGAUUUCCAUGCUAGAGUACCAGUGGUGGUGUGCAGAGAAAAGCAAAGUGGCCUUGUUUGUAAAGUAAGUGCAGGGAAUGAAAGUGCUUGUCUGACAACAAACCAUUUGGCUACUCUUGGAAAACUAGAACCAACUCUUGUACCUCUAGUGAUUGCCUUCAGGUACUGGGCAAAGCUAUGUUGUGCUGAUCGUCCAGAAGAAGGAGGUUUGCCAUCUUACGCGUUUGCUUUAAUGGUCAUUUUCUUUCUACAACAGAGGAAAGAGCCAUUUCUGCCUGUUUAUUUGGGAUUGUGGAUUGGAGGAUUCUCCUUAGACAAAUUAGUGAACUUCAACCUUAAAGAUGUUGAGAAUGAUACCGUAAUCUGGGAGUAUAAUCCUGCUGUUGAUGAUGCUGAUUCCCCAAAAGAAGCUUCUCCUAAAAGGGGCAAGGUUUCUUUAGUGUUUGAUUCAGGACACCAGUGUUCAGCACCAGUUGGGCAGCUUUGGGUAGAACUGCUUCGCUUCUAUGCCUUGGAGUUUAAUUUGGCUGAUCUGGUCAUCAGCAUACGACUCAAAGAAGCAGUGUCUCGUGAAUCAAAGGACUGGCCUAAAAAGCGCAUUGCUGUGGAAGACCCUUACUCAGUAAAGAGGAAUGUGGCAAGAACUCUGAACAGUCAACUAGUAUAUGAAUAUAUUCUUCACUGCUUAAGGUCAACUUACAAGUAUUUUGCUUUGCCCCACAAAAAACCUACAAAAUCUAGCCCAAAAAAGCCUUUGAAUGUCAAUGAGGAGACAUCACAAAGAUUAGAACCUGAAAAGGAUGCCAUAAAGCAUAAUGCCACUGAUAUGCAAAAUGUAGCUGACAAAAUGGGGCAAGUGGUAGCAACUGAUUGUAUUAAUAUUAUUGAUAGAAGUAUAGACAUGCCUGAGGAAUGUACAAUUGAUCCUUCAAAGGUGUUUGUCUCUGAAAGCCUGACUGAAGAAGAAUUGGCAGAUGAUGAUAGACAUUUAGGAAUUGCCCAGGAAGAUUCAGACUUUGUAAUUGAAGAUAUGAUUUCUGGUGAUAAUGAGGACUCUAAACCAAGCUAUGUAGAGACAGAAAGUGGAAAUGAGGAGGAGGAGGAGGAAGAGAAAGAACAUGACCAAGAUAAGAAAUGGCAGAAAAAUGUGAUAGUUAUUGAUCAAGGCUUGGAUGCAUACAGUGAAAAUGGAGAUCUCCCUAAUCCAGCAAGUGAGCAUGAUGUUGAAACAUACAGUAUUUCAGAGACUGAAGGUGUUCAGAGCACUGUAGUCACAGAGAGGGAUGAGUUUGGUUUAGAAUGCAAUGUAAUACUUGAUGAUAAAGCUGAGAUGGAUGAGGAGAGCACAGAGGAGACUGAUGAACUGGAUGAUUCCCUGAACAAAUUUGCACCUUCGUUACAAGACCAGAUAUCUGAAGUCAAUAACUCAGAUGAGGAGGGGGAGGAAGAGGAGGAAGAACAGAGUCUUGUCCUAAACCAUACAGAAUGUGGUGGUAUUGUGACUGCUGAAGAUGAGCUGGACAAUACUUACACUGUAUCUGGGGAUGAAGAUGCACUGUCUGAGGAAGAGGAAGAAUUGUCCAUCUCUGUUAAAUAUGAAGAGACAGAGCUGGAAAAAAAUAUAGAUAAAUCUCUAAGGGUAGAUUUGAAUGAAGAGGAUUUUAUAGAAAAAGGAAGUCUUUGUGAAGAGGGCAUACUAAUAGGACAGUUUCUGGAAUCUGAGCUCUUUUAUGAAUUUAAUAAACCUGCUUUCACAAAGGGCAAGUCUCCUAUGGUGGUAUGUAGCUUGUGCAAACGAGAAGGUCACCUAAAGAGGGAUUGUCCAGAAGACUUCAAAAAAAUUGAGCUAGACCCUUUGCCAGCGUUGACACCCAGGUUUUCAAAUAUUUUAGAUCAAGUUUGCAUCCAGUGUUACAAAGAUUUUGCUCCGAAUAUUAUAGAGGAUCAGGCUCGUGAACACAUACGGCAAAAUCUGGAAAGCUUCAUCAGACAGGAGUUUCCAGGAACCAGGUUGAACUUGUUUGGCUCAUCAAAAAAUGGCUUUGGCUUCAAACAAAGUGACCUUGAUAUCUGUAUGACAAUUGAUGGACUGGAAACUUCUGAGGGACUUGAUUGCAUAAGAAUAAUUGAAGAAUUAGCAAGAGUACUUAAGAAACAUUCAGGCCUAAAGAAGAUGUUCUUGCCAAUAACAACGGCCUGUACAUAUGACAUUGCCCUGCAUAAUACAAGACUCUUGUCCUCUUAUGCAGCAAUUGAUUCCAGAGUAAAAUAUCUGUGUUACACAAUGAAGGUCUUUACAAAGAUGUGUGACAUUGGAGAUGCAUCUAGAGGUAGCCUGUCCUCCUAUGCAUAUACUCUUAUGAUGCUUUAUUUUCUUCAGCAGCGAAAUCCACCCGUCAUUCCUGUUCUCCAAGAGAUCUACAAGGAGCCAAAGAAGCCUGAAAUUUUAGUUGAUGGUUGGAAUGUUUAUUUCUUUGACAAAAUAGAUGAGUUGCCAGCCUGUUGGCCAGACUAUGGUUCAAACACUGAAUCUGUUGGGGAGCUAUGGCUGGGACUUCUCCGCUUCUACACAGAAGAAUUUGAUUUCAAAGAACAUGUUAUCUGCAUCAGAAGAAAAAAUCUGCUUACAACUUUCAAGAAGCAGUGGACCUCCAAAUAUAUUGUUAUUGAAGAUCCCUUUGAUUUGAACCACAAUCUUGGAGCUGGCUUAUCAAGAAAAAUGACAAAUUUUAUAAUGAAGGCUUUUAUCAAUGGCAGAAGGGUAUUUGGUACCCCAAUAAAAGGAUUUCCUAAAGAAUAUCCCUCAAAAAUGGAAUACUUCUUUGACCCAGAAGUCCUGACAGAAGGAGAACUAGCCCCAAAUGAUAGAUGCUGCAGAAUUUGUGGUAAAAUUGGGCACUUCAUGAAAGACUGUCCCAUGCGGAGAAAGUUGAGAGGACGACAUGAUCGUGAAGAUAUUAAAAACCAAAGGUACAUAGAGAACAACGAGAAAAGAAGCAAAGAGGACAAAGAAAUCCAAAAUAAAACUACAGAAAAAGAUACCUCAAUGAAGGAAGGAACAAUACUAUGUACACCUCAGAAAAACAAACUAGGGAUGGCAACAAUGGACACAGGAAGAGAUAAGGCUUCCAGGCAGUCAGCAGAGAAGUGGAAGCGGCAGGAGGACAGAGACUUAAGAGAAAAACGUUGUUUUAUCUGUGGGAGAGAAGGCCACAUUAAAAAGGAGUGCCCACAGUAUAAAGGAGCUGCAGGUGGAUCAAAGUCAGAAAGUCUGUGUGGAUCCCCUUCUUUACCGAGUGCUGUUAAACAUGCUGGUAGACUAAAUCAGGGAAUACUUUUACAUGAGGAAAAGAAAAAACAAAAAGGAAAAGUGUUCUUGAGUCCCCAGACAGGCAGCCUUUCCAGUAAAUACAUGGCUCAGGGAAAAGCCUCACAGAAGACAACCCAACAGGAAUCAUGAGGGGAUUGAAGAACUCUGAAAUUGCAAUACAGGCCAUCCAUUCACUUCAAAAAUUAGGUUCAUUUUGGCAAAAGCUUCUGGGCUCACAGGACAGCAGCACAAAACAAUGUUCAAUUUAAGUUUAAAGAAAAUAUGGUAUUUUAAUUUGAAUUAGAUUGCUAAAAGUCAGAGGCAAUGGAUUUUUAAUGCAGUGCUCCUACCAUGGACUCCUGCUCUUAAUAGAUUAUUUGAACAUUUUAAUAGAAAGCCAUGAUGUCUGUAUUUGUUUACUAGGUAAAACAUGUAGAUAAGAGCAGGUGCUCAUUUUCAAGAUUUUAAUGUUCAACCUGACCCUUUCAAAGUGCACCAAAAUUGUGUGCAAGCCAAAUAUAAUGUUUUAUUUUUCUUCAAAAAUUGACUUUUUGAAGGAGGAAAUGUUAUUUAUUGUUGAUUGUUUACGGAAUCCUUGUGUAAAGUGUUUAAAAUGUUUGUGGACUACUACUGAUGUAUUUGCAAACAUUUUAUCUGCAGAGAAUUGAAAACACGAACAUUAGUAAACUUUUUUGUGAAACCCCUGUGGACAUACUGCCACUGAGUUGUUUUUUUUUCCCUUUGUGAUUUUGAGUUAAUAUGCUGCUGUGCUUGUGUACAGUAAAAGAUUAAGCAGGUUAGUCUUGUUUAAUGCUGCUAAGAAUCUUUCCCAUAGCCUAUAAAAUACAACAGAGAAAAUUGCUAAAAAGCAGACGAGAGUAAUCGGCAAUUGGGGAGGGGUGUUUUCCUUUUCCUAAGAAGUGAAGAGGAUCCAACUGCCUGCCAAGGAUUUAAUUAGCACUGUCAUCUUAAGAUUUACUUGAAGUCUUUUUGGAACUGGUACUGUACCUUCAUACCCUGUUUGGGAGAGGGGACUCAAUACAGGGUAAAAAUGAAACCACUGUUAUUUAUGACUUUGAAAUAAAAAAAAAAAAAAGUUAAAACUUGAAAUUUCUACAUUUCUCCUUA